AUGGCCGUUCUAGGCAAGCGCAAAGCUCGCUCCGAGCCCUCGAUCUCCAAGGAAGACGCCGCUGCCAUUUUCCGCCGGCAUUUCGAAGCACAAUUCGCUCCCCUCCCUGGCGCAGAUGUCGAGUCCAAGUCAAAAGCCACGAAGCGCGACGACGAUGAGGAUGCAACCAGCGUAGAUAGCGAUGAGGAGGAUGACGAAGAGGAAGGAUCCGAAGACGGCGAUGAAUGGGGCGGUCUCUCGGAUGAUGAACAAAGUGAGGAGGAAGAGGAAGAGGAAGUUCCAACAAUAGAGGUCGUAGACCACUCAGGCGCACAACCACCCAAGCCGACAACAAUGUCAAAACGAGAGCUAAAGGCAUUUAUGUCAUCACGUCCCCCAGACCAAACUUCUCGCAAAGCCGAACCGUCGACAGCGCCCGCAGCCUCCUCAUCUACACUCCCCGAAGAUGCCCCCUCUCUCCUAGCCCAAGAUCUCGAACUCCGCCGACUCCUCGCUGAAUCUCAUCUCCUCGCCCCGGCCAUCAAUGGUGCAGGACAUGCUGUUGCGGCCAAGGCCUUCGACGCCGGUCGCACCCGCAACAAGGCGACCGAUCUGCGCAUCCAGGCCCUGGGUUCCAAGAUUUCCAUCCACAAGCAGGAGAAAAUGCCCAUGAACAUGCGCAAAGGUAUCGUUGCAGCGGCGGGUGCACGUGAGGCAAAGCGCAGGAGAGAAGCCAAAGAGAACGGAGUCAUCCUCGAGCGUGAGACAGGCAAGAAAGGGCGCCGGGAGAGGAAAAGGGACUUUGGUGUGGACCGUCCUGGUGUGGGUAGGCUCAAGGGAGCCGAGUUGCGACUCAGUGACAGAGACAUCAGGGGUAUUGAAGGGAGCAGAGAUGCAUUUGGCAGAAGGGGAAGAAGGUAG